CAAGUGUGACUUAUGGGCAGUUCAAGAAAAAGAGUCCAAAAUGAAUAAAAUGUCAGUAUGGUGCAGUGGUCGGACUAGAACUGGUUUCACAUCCCCAUUCAGCCGUAAAAGCUCACUGGCUGGCCUUGGGCCAACCAUGGUUAUUCUUAGGUUAGGCUAACCAUGCUUAUUCAGCUCACAGAAUUGUUCCUGCCACCUUUUCCUUUCUCAGCCAUAGUUGCAAGUGGACCACAAAGCCGAUGGAGGUGGCAUCAGCAUAAACUGUAGGAUUCAAGUGGCAUGUAACCCACAGUGUUACUGAGGAUCAAGAUCAGCUCCUUUAUGCAUGUUUUCCCCCUCAGUGGGAUUCUUUUGCUGCCUUUCCAUGACUCAACAACAAGGCAUGGCUCCAGCAAGACCUUGUCCCAGUUAAGCACAACAUUGAACAUGUGAUGUAGCUGCCACAUCCAACAGAAUUAAGCGAGCUUGGAAGUUAUCAACUGGGGCUUUUUUCCCUUUCUCGGUUCUCAAAAGUGCCUUGAACAGACUUAACCUCGUUGCUACUAGUAUGAUGCCAUUUCCUUCCAAAUGUGUGCAGGAACUUCUGCUAACCAUUGCCUUGUCCUUGGCCUCUUCCUGGUCUAGUGACUUCACAUACCAUGACUAUUGCAUUGUUGGCGCUGGCCCCUCGGGCUUGCAGAUGGCCUAUUUCCUUCAACGUGCAGGCCGGGACUAUGUGGCCUUUGAACGUGGCCAUGUACCAGGCUGUUUCUUUGCCUUGUACCCACGCCACCGCAAGCUGAUUAGUGUCAACAAGCGUUAUACAGGCAAAUCCAACAGUGAGUUCAACCUUCGCCAUGACUGGAACUCACUACUGAGUCAUGACAGCCGACUGCUCUUUCGACAUUAUUCCCAGGACUUUUUCCCAGAUGCUGAUGCCAUGGUGCGUUACCUGGCAGAUUUUGCUUCCUUUCUAGGCCUCCGGGUACGUUAUAACACAUCCAUCACCCAUGUGAUGCUGGAAAAGGACAUCAAGGCAUGGAAUGGCCAUUACUUCGUCCUUGUUGACCAGAAUGCUCUGCUCUAUAAGUGCAGUGUACUUUUGGUAGCCACAGGAACAUGGGUUCCCCACAAAGUGAACUUCCCCGGUUCCGAAUACGUCGAGGGCUAUGAGUCUGUGUCUGUUGACCCGGAAGAUUUCGUUGGCCAGUCUGUGUUGAUCUUAGGCCGAGGAAACUCCGCCUUCGAGACAGCAGAGAACAUUUUGGGUGUCACCAAUUUUGUACACAUGGUGAGCCGCUCCCGAGUUCGCCUUUCUUGGGCCACUCACUAUGUUGGAGAUUUGAGAGCAAUUAACAAUGGCCUCCUGGACACCUACCAGCUGAAGUCUCUGGAUGGGCUUCUGGAGGGUGACUUGGAAGACCUGGUUCUCGUCAAGGACCGAAAAGGGAAGCUGCACGUUACACUCCGCUUCUACCUCGAGAACAGCAAUAGCAGUGAAGCAGAGUCUGUCAUCCUCCCACAAGAUGAGCUAGACAACUUUGCUACUCGGGCACCUUAUGACCGUGUCAUCCGCUGCCUGGGCUGGAAGUUUGACUUUUCCAUAUUCAACAAAUCUGUUGGGCUGAUGCGAGGCAAAGGCAAUAAGAAGAAGUAUCCUUUGAUCAAGCCCAGCUAUGAAGCCAAAGCCACUCGGGGACUUUUUGUCUUGGGCACUGCGAGCCACUCAGUUGACUUUAGGAAAUCUGCCGGAGGCUUUAUUCAUGGGUUCCGAUACACAGCUCGCACAGUUCAUCGCUUAUUAGAAGUCCGUCACCACGGAGUACCCUGGCCGUUUUCCAGCCACCCCAUUAUGCAGUUAACGAACGCCAUUGUCCAGCGGGUGAAUGAGGCAUCUGGCCUCUACCAAAUGUUCAGUGUGCUUGCAGAUGUUGUUCUGCUGAACGAGAAUGCCACAGAAUUUGAGUACCUGGAGGAGUAUCCUGUUGGGGUCCUGCAAGACCUAGAAUGGCGCACGGGGAGAAAAGCUCAGAACGGGCUUUUUGUCAUAAUGAUGGAGUAUGGGAAGAACUUCUCUGGGCCUGACAAGGACGUCUUCUAUUAUAAUCGUGCUGUGGGAGAAGCACAGCAUGCUUGGCAGUCCAAUUUCCUGCAUCCUGUCAUUUAUUAUUACAAACACCUCCCCACUGAACGUGAGAUGAGACUGUGUCCACCAGGCUGGCCCUUGCCCCGGCCAGAUGCCAUCCAUCACAUUGUGGAGGACUUCCUGACAGAUUGGACCGCACCAAAUGCCCACAUCCUGCCACUGAGACGUUUCUUGGAAAAUUGCCUGGGAACUGACCUGCGGAGAUUCUAUGCAGAGUCCUGCUUUCUGUUUGCUCUCACUCGCCAGAAGCUGCCUCCCUUCUGCCAACAGGGAUACAUGAAAAUGCAAGGGCUUAUGGGUAACAAGAGACUUAGGCGUCAUGGAGUGGAAGCAGGGCUGCUUGAGGAUUAUAGUGCUGUGGACUCCCCAAAAAAACAGGAGGGUACUAACCUCCAAUCACAUGACCAGCUGUUGGAGGAUCACGUGAUGCCAAACCCCCAACUGCAGCAUCUCCUGCGCACCAAGGAUGAACUUUAGCCUUCCCUGUGAUUCCACACGGCUUGUGGUCAUGAUACUCCACCACAGAUCUACAAAGAGCCUCCAACUUCCAUGACGUGCACUUGGGUUCCUACACAUUCUUUGUAGGGACCAUGACUUGCCAAAGACUUGUGUAGAUCGAUUGUUAUUUUGUAAGAAUGUGGGCUUUUACAGGAUUAGUGAGGGCUGACACUAGAUAAAGUUGAGGGAACUUUUUCUCUGUCA